CAAAACGCCACUUGCGAGCCGAGCAUAGUUAGACGGAGGGCAUGUUACUUUCACCCAAAUGUUGAAUAAUUAUAUGCUUGACACGAGCUUUGCAACAAUUGAAGCGUCCUUGUCGUAUAUUCAUUCCCGCUAACCUGGUUUAGACCAAACAAAAGCACGUCAUUUGUGCUUGCUGUUGCAUUUGCUCCACUAAAAUUCGUUUAUUUCCAAACGGGCUUGAUAAGAUAAACACCAUAGCGCCUUCUCCGUACGUCGGCGGUGACACUCACAUCAGCGACACAUUCCACAGGACAGCAACUGGGACUCCUGUCUCGAAACACCUGAUCCUCGAGAGCGCCAAUUUUCACUAUCGUGUUUUUCCUUUUUUUUCUUUUUCGUAAGCACAGCUUGACAGAUCAAUCCCACCGAUCAGCUAAGGAGAGCGCGGGCAGGAUGGCGGACGCUGCUGAGGAUGUGUUGGCCCACCAGGGCGCUGUCUGGAAGGACCUGUUCUCUGGUGCUGUUGGUGGUGUUGCGCAGGUCUUGAUUGGCCAACCUUUCGACAUUAUCAAAGUGCGUUUGCAAACAAGCACACAGUACAGCGGAGCCGCAGAUGCCGCAAAGGCCAUCUGGACCAAGGAGGGACCGCUCGCCUUCUACAAGGGCACGCUGACGCCCCUGCUGGGGAUCGGCGCCUGCGUGUCGGUGCAGUUCGGCGGCUUCGGCUUCGCGAAGCGAUACUUCGAGGAGCGGAACGCGGCGGCCGGCCGGCCCGGCAAGGACCUGAGCUACCUGCAGUACUACUACGCGGGUGCGUUUGCCGGCGUGGCGAACAGCGUCAUCUCGGGCCCGAUCGAGCACGUGCGCAUCCGCCUCCAGACGCAGCCGCACGGCGCCGCGCGUCUGUACAGCGGGCCUCUGGACUGCGUGCGCAAGCUCAGCGCCCACCAGGGCGUGCUGCGGGGUCUGUACCGCGGCGAGGCCGUGACGGUGAUCCGCGAGGCGCAGGCCUACGGCGUCUGGUUCCUGGCCUUCGAGUACAUGAUGAAUGCGCACGCCGCCAGGAACAAGAUGGAGCGCAAGGAGAUCCCGCCCUAUAUGGUCGCGUUCUACGGUGGGCUGGCUGGUGAGGCGCUGUGGUUGGGGUCGUACCCCUUCGAUGUCAUCAAGAGCAAGAUGCAGACGGACGGUUUCGGAAGUACGCAAAAGUACAAGAGCAUGCGGGACUGCUUUGGUCAAACUUGGAAAGCGGAGGGUAUGAGGGGUUUCUGGAAGGGUAUCGGCCCUACCUUGCUCAGGGCUAUGCCUGUGAGUGCCGGCACUUUUGCGACUGUCGAGUUGACGCUGCGCGCUAUCAGCUAGACGGCAGAGUUACGAGUUGUUGGGAUGUGCGGAGAGGUGGACAAAUAUAGUUUAAAAAAAAACUGCUAUGCAGCAUCUACAUGGCGUUCACUGGAAAAGUUCGCCGGAAAACGGACUUUUACUUUCUACAAAUAGAAUCAAAAUGGC